UUGUCAUAAAAAAAAGCAGACGGCGCUCGUUGACAUUGUUGUGAUAGUUUUCAUUUGUUUACUAAGCUGGAAAUAUUGGAUAAAAAGAACAAUAAAGCCAUUGUCUAAUCUUUAAAAAAAUAUGUAUGGCUAUGGUAAUGAAGGUAUUUAAAUUUAUCAUUUCCUUAUUAAUGGCCCUAAAAGAAUCGUUUGACUCUUUCUCAUAGACAAAGCCUAUCUUACUCCUGUUCUCCAUUUGUGACUUGUAGAUUAUAUAAUACUUAAGUUGUGUGAAUCAUUUAAGUUUAUACCUUUUUUCACCCCUUCGAGCUGAAACAUCAUUCAAUGAAAACCCUUAUAAUUCACAAAAAGACUCAAGUAUGGCUGAAUUUUUACAAGGGCAAAGUUCUCUAAUUAUUGAAAAAAAUAUGGAGGAUCUGAUUAUGUGUCAAAAGAAGAACAGCUUUUUUGAAAAUAGUGGUCCGAUAAAUAAAGUUAAUGGUACAAAAGAGCAACUAAGUUUUAAUGCAUCUAAAGCUUUUGAAGAUAACAGAUAUAAAGCUGCUGUCCAAAAUGAAUUUUUAUCAGCAUUGAGCUAUGAUGAUGUUACCUUUGGAAACUCUGUUGAAAAAGAUUUCCCCAUGGAAAUUGGAACUAAAAGGUGCAGAAGCUCCUCUCAAAGUGGAAAAGAAUACCAAGAAGGCAACUACAGCCCAAAGUACACUAAUCCAUCUAAUUCAACCCCAAAAAGCAAACAAGCUAAACACUACUACAAUGAAAGUCUCAAGAACUAUGCCUCUCCUAGGUCAGAAACUCACAAAACUAAAGAGCAAUUCGACAAACUUAGUGCAAAAUGUGCUAAAUAUCCUAGCAACAAUUUGCUUUGUUGUACUGAGAAAAAAGAAGUAGAAGUGAUAGAUCUUGAAAGCAUUGAUAUAUGUGAGAGUAGCUCUGAAAAAAGUCAAUCUGUCUCUGUAAAUAAUGAAAAAUCUCAGCAUGUGGGGAACGAGUGGGAUGGUGUCAAUGAAAUAACCAUUAUUCCAAAGAAAAGUACCAAAGACUUCAAUUUUGAAGAAAAAAGUACACUUUUGUCUGUGCCAAACUACUACAGUCAACAACAGAUUCAGACAAGUAUAGUUGAAAAGCUAAUUAAAGAUACAGUCAGCUUUGAGUUUGAUGCUAUUCGUCAACUCUUGUAUCUUCAGUAUUUAUGUUUGUCAAGGCACCUACACCAAACACAGGACAUGUUUGGGAAUCUGAAUUCUUCGAGCUGUGAAUUUAUGCUGAAAGUUAUAGAGGAGUUAAUGCAAGAAAAUCGCCUAUUAAAAAAGGCUGUUGUUGCUCACCAGCGAAGGACUUAGUUAUUUGUAUGUCUUCCAUCAUUGUAUCGCAUAUGCAUUUUGAAAUCACAAUUUUCGCAUUUUUUAAAGUCUUGGAACAACAUCCUUUUUAUUCAUGGAAUCUGUAUAUAGUCAGUUCAAAAAAAUAAUUGUGGCAUAGCAACUUAAGUAUAUUCUACAAUUACUGGAAUCCUUAAGGACUUCCCAACUUCGUAGUAAUAUUUUUAUUUUAUUAUUAUUAUUAUUAUAUUGUGGCAAAAGGCUGAGCUCAUAUGUCCACAAUAUGUAUCGAGGCUUAUUUUUCUAAGACAUUUUCUUGUUUCAUUGUACAUGUGGAAGUACUUUUAAGAAGACUGGAAUAACCUGCAGUGUAGGAUUGGCCAAGCCUUAUUCUCUCCACUGUUUGUGUUUGCAAUACUUUGUUUGUGAAGAAGUUUAUUUUUAGGGCGAAAAAAAUUAAAUAGUAGGUAACUUACUAUUUAAUUUUAAGUCGGAAAGUACAGUUAAUUUGAUGCUAUAAACAGAAUCUUCAUCAGUGUCCAUAUAGUUCCUAGCAUUUAAGCAGUUGUAUGGUCAUACCUAUUUAAAUCUAUACUCCUUGUGGUGCUUUCUGUUAUAAAUAUCUUGUUUGUUUUUCUUUUUUUUGUUUUAAAUGCAUUUAGUAUGAAUGUGUGAAAAAGUGGAUGAUUUAAGCUAGUGUGGUGGAUUGCAAUAUUCCUUCCUAAAAAAACAUUUGCUAAUAUCUGUUACGAAAGUUUCA